AAGCAAAGGAAACCAUAACAAUGCCGAUGGAAUUUCUGGACCGACUCCCAAUCCCGAAUCUGCGGGUGUACACGGCCGUUAGCUUCGCCGUGCUCUCCUGCUCGGUGUACUACGCCGUCCUGAUUAUCAAGGACCCGGCGUGGAAAAGUAAUCACACGUACGUCGUAAAUCCACUCGAUGCCUGGGAGAACGAGCCGUCCGAACCGCGGAACUUCGCGGUUCACAUGAAAGAACUGUUCCAGUGCAUGCUUGACGAGCCGAUCUGCAUCUGGACACUGAUCAACAUGGCAUACUGCGUGCUAAUCCUCCUGGGUAAGACAAUCCAGAAGUUGGUGUUCGGCGAGCUCCGGGCCUCCGAGAGGCAACAUCUCAAGGACAAGUUCUGGAACUUCGUCUUCUACAAGUUCAUUUUUGUCUUCGGAGUGCUGAACCUUCAGUACAUGGACGAGGUGAUACUCUGGUGGGCUUGGUUCACCGCCCUCGGCUUCCUCAACCUCCUCAGUCAGUUGUGCAAGGAUCGAUUCGAAUACCUAUCUUUUUCACCUACGACGACUGGUUGGAGCCACGCGAGGCUUCUGGUGCUGCUGGCAACGAUCCUCGCGUUGUCUUCGUUUAUGCUACUCCUCUGCACAGCGGCGGCCUUCUUCUUCGUCUCCUUCAACACUUUUGUCUUCACCGCAGCCGAGUGCAUAAUGUUGGGAGUGAGAACGAUGCACGUGAUGGUCCGGUACAUAAUUCAUUUAUAUGACACCCGAGGAGCUGGAACCGCCGCUCAAACGACCUGGGACAAGAGAGGUCCGUUGACCUAUUACACAGACUUAGUAGCGGAAUUGAUAGUAUUGACUGUUGAGUUCUGCCACAACAUUCACAUGCUGCUCUGGAGUAACAUUUUCCUGAGCAUGGCCUCCCUGGUGAUCUGUAUGCAGCUUAGAUACCUCUUCUACGAAAUUCAACGGAAGAUCACCAAACACAGGAACUACCUCGCCGUUUUAAAUCACAUGGAGCAAAAUUAUCCAAUGGCAAGUCAAGAUGAGCUGUCAGAGAAUCCGAACACCUGCGCGAUUUGCUGGGAGAAGAUGGAGACGGCGAGGAAGCUACCCUGCGGCCACUUGUUCCACAACUCUUGCCUGCAGUCCUGGCUGGAACAGGACACUUCGUGUCCCACGUGCAGGCUCACCUUGACCAUGCAGCCUACUCACCGCGAAAUCGCCCAGGAACUACCUACAGAAUCGGAGACACCGGAAAGACGAACCGAGAAUCACUUCUUCCAUUUCGACGGAUCCAGAUACGUUGCCUGGCUACCACGUUUCUCCCUUGCUGUGUCUCCACCGCGCAGGGAUGGCAUCGACAACAACUCCCAGAUGGACGCUAUGAUCAGACAAGUGCAGCAGCUGUUCCCGCAUUUCCCACGAAACCAAAUUGUGGAGGACCUCAGGAUCACUAGAUCAGUGGAGUGGACGGUGGAGAACAUCCUCGAUGGAGUUCUGAAUUCUACGUUUCAUUUGAUGGAGGAACCGGAGCCAGAAUCCUACAUUGAGAUUCACACCAGGAGCAGCGAGUCCAGCAAUUCCUUGGAUUCCUUGUCCGCGGAUCCGGGACUUGAAAUACCCCUGGCCGAUAGCGGCGAGGAGCCUUCCAGCCUCGGCGUGCGAUUUUCGAAAUCGCCGGCGGAGAGAGAACAGGUACUUCAACGCCGCAAGGAGCUGAUGAGAAUCGCUGCAAAGAGGAGAUACUUCGAAAAGCUGCGAAACGAUCCCGACGCCGAGGGAAGUGUCCCGAACAUAACCUCUGAAGCAUAGGGAUAGAAAACCAACAGACACACAGAAUUAUACAUAUAUAUAUACAUAUAUAUGUAUGUUUGCAUGUUUAUUAGGCUGCUCCAAAAGUUCUCUUCGAUUUUCGACGUCGAAUGGCUAAGACCUGCGGCCAUUCGAGGGUGCGUCGAAAAGACUAAAGAAUUUAUGGAAUGACUUACGAUAAAUAUGUACGUCGAUAAGAAAACAAGCAGACAGACAAGAUUUUUGAUUUAUUCGUGCUUCGUAGCGGCCAUCUUCUUCGAAGAAGAGUAAUAACGACUGAUUUCCUUCGGUAUGCGUCUACCGACGUUCACUUACAACACUGUUUUCCUUGUUUCCGAUCCUUGCGUCCCCCCUACUUUUUCUUAAAACCCUGUGCUCACGCCUUUUCUUUGUUCCUAGGAUGUUUCCUCGACGAUCUUAAUCAUUAGCACUUAACGGGGACAACGUUUAGAAAAUAUCCUCGAUCCUUUAAUGUUUCCUCUACGAUUUCCAAUGGAGAUUACUCGCUUUCGACGUCGAUAUCGUUUCCUAGCAGUAGUUCUAUGGAAAUUGUGAUUUACAAAAAAUGAAACAAAUAAUCGUGCUUAAGAAUAGGUGUUUUUUAUUCUUAAGGAAAUACGAGGACAGACAACUUAAAGAAAGAAAGAAAAAAACAAUAACAAAAAAGUAUUAAUCUCUCAAUUUAAUUCUCUUUAGCAAUAAUAAGGAUCAACUUAAAAGUAUUACUCGCUUAAUUCUUCUCUAUUCUCUUUUUUUUGAAUUUUUUAUUUAUUAAAGUAACGAUUAAGAAGAACGCAAUCUCUCCUUCGCUUACUAAAAAUCGAUUUUCUGAAGAGGAUCAACUGAAUUCUAUGGUUUAAACAAUCCUGCCCGUAGGAAAUUUAUAACAUCGUACUAGAAAAGUAAAAAAUAUUUUUCAAACGUAAUCGAAAUUUAGUUUUGAAAGGAAGUGAAACGAUACUUAGGAUGUUUUUUUUAUUUCCAUUUCAUUUCCUUAAGAGAAACAAUUUCGUUGUUUUUAUCUUAAUUUUUGUCUCUCGGUAAGACUUUCGUUGGAGCCUUCUUUUCCUGUUCUCGACGGAAACGUUGCUCGCCUCGGGAAUGGAAAAAGAAUUGUUUAGCGAUUAACGUCGACUGGUUGUGAAUUAUAUACUCACUCGGUGGAUUAGAGGACUGAUAAAUAUAAUAAGGAAGAUGACGAUUUAAUUAAUUCGUCUUUACUUCUCUUUCUCAUUCGAUUGAUGAUUGAACAAUAAAAAUUUAGCGUUUUCGUGAAUAAUUAACUUAGUUAUCGCAAUUUUUGUUAUAUUAAUUUUAUUGUAAUAUUUAAAUGUUUUCAUUUUAGAGGUAAUAUAAGCGAUUGUGAAUAAACUUAUUUAAGCCGUUGGGAAGAGAUAGAUUAUUUAAAAAAAAUGAAGAUAUAUUUGCAAAUAAAUGAUACACAACAAAAUGAUAUUGUUUGUAACAGAACGAGGAAAAGCGACCACUUUUUCUUUCAAUUAGGAUACCCAUAUUCCUUGAUCAAUCACGAGGGAAUGUUCUUAUUUUUAUUUUACAACAUGCUAGCACUCUGAAUGUUAAAUGUAACAAACCAAACGAUAUGUUUCGCGUAUUAAAACAGAAGGAAAUGCUCGAAAUAUAAUAUGUAAAAUAAAGAAUUUCUUUAGCGGAGUAUUCUUUUUCAAUACCCACUUUUUAUUAGGAGAAGCUCUCAUUACAAAAUGUGUGUAUAAACAUGUAAUAAUUAUAAUAAAUUCUUCAUUUAUCUAUUAA